UGACGCAGGGCUGGCUGGCUGUCACAGCACGCGCCACCGUUGUACGGAGUCCGUAGAACUUCGCCGUAUACCAACCGGUAGCGGCCCGAUUGCAGAGCAGGUGGAAGCUUGAUCCGCAAAGAACACCACAAACCCAGCAGCUCAGUCGUGUUGUUGUUAGCUGCCAGAGGUUGGCUCAGCAUGUCGAAGAGUCCACGCGAGCGCUUGCACAAGCUGUUCCACAAGCAUGAGAGCGGCACGAAGCGGGAAGAUGCAACCCCUGCAGCCCCUGCUUCACCCACAUCUGGAGCGCAGAGUAGUCUACAUCGGAGGCUCUCGCGGAACUCGUUGCGUGAUGUCUUGCACGGCACAGGCUUUCCUACCAGAUCCCGAAGUCGCGGAAUCUCUACCACUAUAGACCCAGCUAUCUCAGCAGAGACCACUUCGGCCGCAACUGCUGCGGCCAGCGCGGCGGCUAUAAGAUCGGUGCAGCCAGCACAAACUACUGCAGCAACACAGCUCAAGCAGUCUACCGAAAGGACGCAGCUUGAGCAAAGUGCAGACAUGAUGCAGCGAGGGCGUCCUACACGGGCGGUGCAGCCAGAGCAAGAUUUGCGCCUUCCAAAUGUCGCUCAUCCCACGGAUCUUUCCGCUGAUCUCCGGCAUCUUACCUUGUCUGACCCUGAGCCUACGACUUCGCAGCGUGGAGACAUGGUCGACCGUGGCACCAUCCCGCGCAAACCACGCAAGUCUGAAGUGAAGCGGCCUGUUGAGGACACUAUCAUGGCUACGAUCCCAUCGAACGGUCAAACUGCGGCGACGAAAGCAGCACGACCACAGAGUGGAGCCACAAACGGUGCAUUGCCGUCGAACGUGAAGUCUUCGAUGCCGGAAGGCCCGCGCUACUCGAACGAAUCAGCGGAUUGGAACGGUGUACAGCAUGAGAAGCCGGUGCUUGGCUCUUUGAGCGACUUGCCAACGCCACUCAAGAUUAAGAAGAAAGCGUCAAUGGACUAUCGUGCGGACGAGCCAGGCUCACCAGUCUCGCCCAUCUCCUCGCGUAGUCUGUCACACAAACAUGAUGUCAGUGACUUGCGGCGGUCGUCUGAUGCUGCUCGCACGAAGAGUCCAGUCUUGUCUUCGCGCAGUCCGCAGCAGAGUCGUGAUUUGGAGCAACCAACGACAGAGUUACACGACGGGAGGCUGGCCGUUCGAACCGGCCUGCUGCACAAGCAGCGACUGUGGCUGACAAAGACAUCAAUCUUGAUGGCAUCGUGGAUCUUUCCAAGACCGAGGAUACCACUCUCCACGAGUCAUGGGCACCCGCUGUCGUGCAUGAGACUGUCAUACAGAACGUGCACGAGAUCAGGCACGAGGAGAUUACACGAGAGAUCCACAACCACCAUAUCUUCCAUCGGACUUUGCCGAUCAUCGACAUUGAGGUACUGCCUGCGAGACACUUCGUCCCAGUGCAAGGCGGCUACGCAGAGAUCGCCGAAGAGGAACUCCCCGGACGGACUGGGGCAAAGACUCAAUGGGCGAUCGCCGAGUUUGUCUCGAAACUGCAGCCGAAUGCCACAGAGUCCAUAUUGCCGACCCGCUUCACCGCACGCAAAUUCGAAGGCACAGACGGCGACAACAAAGAGUACGUCACGCCUGAAGGUAUCAAGCGGACGGAGCAGUGGUGGGUGCACCCUCCGACCUUCUACGAGCCGGCGGCGAUUGCAAGCGGACAGACGUAUCCCUUCUACUUCGGCUCGCCCGACCCGGCGGACGAUGGUAUACGGGCGAGACUGCCGCAGGGGAAUGUAGUUGGUAUGUCACCGUACCUGGCUAGGAAGAGGAGGGAGCAGGUAGCGCAGCCUGAGAAUGAGAUGAACGGUGGAGCUCCGCCGGUGCCGAAGCAUAAGGUCUUCCCGGCGGAUCUAGUCGAUAAGGCGCGCUCAGGACCGGCGGCUGCUGCGCUGCGAUGAGCUUUAUAGCUUGUGUGGGAUGGCAGACUGGCGUAACAGUACAGAAAUUGGCAAAGCCUAGCGGCAGAAGAAGACAGCAUGCGCGCGUCAGUGUAUGAUACUGUUGGAUUAGCGCGGCGUAAGGGCAUCUCGAGGCUA